AUGCAUAGCGACAUGAAGAACAGCGCCAUUGACGUCGAAGUUCCAGAGUCUCCGCGGACAUCCUCACCCCUAGAUCUUCUAGCCCUUAUCUCCACGGCCUCACCACACCACCCCUCCCAUUGGCCAUCAUGGCAAAAAUGGUCCAUCACAACAAUCUACUGUCUCCUGCAAGUCGCAAUUAUGCUCCUUUCGACAACAUAUACCAGCGCUCAAACGUCGGUACACGCAAAGUUUGGCGGCUCAACGCAAAUCAUUGCCUUCGGGCAGUCGAUGUUCAUAGUUGGGAAUGCCUCUGGACCCGUGUUUUUGGGUCCGUUGAGUGAUCUUGGAGGACGAAAAUGGGUUUAUGUCGGCAGUGUUGCGCUGUAUGGGUUGUGUCAGAUUGGAUGUGCCCUCGCACUCAAUUUACCUAUGAUGAUUAUAUUCAUGCUCCUGUCUGGUAUCGCUUGUAGUACGGCAAUAUCGAAUGUCGCUGGUACUAUUGCUGAUCUGUUUGGUAAUGCGGAUAAUACCAGUCAGCCGUUGGCGCUGUUCAUUGUAUCUUCGACUUCGGGGUCGAGUUUGGGUGGAGCGGUUGGGGUGUGGAUUAUGAAUAAUCCUAAUAUGGGAUUGGAUUGGAUUUUCUGGAUCAAUGUCAUCUUUGCCGGAUUUUUCGUAUUGAUAUUGGUCGUUCUGCCAGAGACACUACCUCGAAUAGUGAUUUCUCGAGCAAUGCGGAACUCCAAAGCACAGAGGUCACACCUAGAGACUGGCCAACGGCAAAAAGAGUUUGCAGAGACUAGGAUAGCUGUAUUCAAGGAAAUGCGGUUUGUGAGUACCAUGUGUUUUCGGAUUCUGUUUACGGAACCCAUCGUUACAUGUUUAGGGCUUCUCAACGGCUACAUGUACGGACUGCUGUUUCUUUAUCUGUAUGGUGUAUUUGAUGUGUUUGUCCUGAAUAAUCAGCUCUCGGUCAUCGCCGCAAACAUGACAUACCUUAACUUCGUCGCCGGCGCAGUAAUAAUGUUCAUCGUCUUCGUCCCCAUCCAAACAGUCCUCUACAAGCGGGACCGCCUGCAGCACAAUGGCAUUGCACGCCCCGAAGCUCGCUUCCUACUCUCCCUCAUCACCGUAUGGGGAUUUCCCAUCUCCCUGCUGUGGUUUGCAUUCACUUCUAGUGGCAAUGUAUCCUACUGGUCACCCGUGAUCGCAGGCGGCGUGCUGGGAGUCGCGGAUCCGUUGGUUUGGUUGGGUAUACUCAACUACAUCACUGACAGUUAUCCGAAUGUGGCUGGCAGUGCAAUUGCCGCAUUUCUUAUCCCGAGUCAGCUAUUGGCGGCAGGAUGUGUGCAUAUAGCAUCUCAUGAGGAUAAACCUGAGAGCUUUCAUAUUGCCAAAGCUCAUGAUGCUGCUGAAAGAGGACAUGCAGCUACUGACAGAUACGGUCAGCCUCUCGUCGAAUUCGACGCCGUUGCCGAAAGACGUCUUGUGCGCAAAAUCGAUUUCUUUAUCAUCCCCACAGUUGCCUUGCUAUACCUCUUCUGUUUCAUUGAUCGUGCAAAUAUCGGGAACGCCAGAUUGGCUGGUUUCGAGAAGGAUCUCGGCUUGAAAGGAAAUGAUUACAACAUUGUCUUAUCCAUCUUCUUCACUUCUUAUAUCAUAUUCGAAAUCCCAUCCAACAUUGCUUGCAAAUGGAUCGGCCCGGGCAAAUUCAUUCCGGCAUUGACCCUGGGGUUCGGUAUUAGCAGUCUCGGAACUGCUUUUGUCAAUAAUAUACAUGCCGCGUCUGGAGUUAGAUUCUUGCUUGGUAUGUUUGAAGCAGGUCUACUGCCCGGCAUUGCAUAUUACAUGUCCAGAUGGUAUAGACGCAGUGAACUUGCCUUCCGGCUAUCAUGCUAUAUCGUCAUGGCUCCUCUGGCAGGCGCCUUUGGAGGUCUGCUUGCAUCAGCCAUCCUCAAGCUCGAAUCUGUCGGGAGUCUGCACACAUGGCGCAUGAUCUUUGCCAUCGAAGGCGUCAUCACAUGUGGACUUGCCAUCAUCGGAUACUUCACCAUGACCGAUCGACCAUCCACCGCACGCUGGCUCACCCAAGACGAAAAGGACCUCGCCAUCGCACGUCUCAAGUCCGAGCGUGUCGGUGUAACUGAGGUCCUUGAAUCCCUCGAUAGCCGAAAAGUUCUCCGCGGAAUCUUCUCGCCCGUUACCUUAAUGACAGCCCUGAUCUUUUUAUUGAACAACGUCACCGUUCAAGGCUUAGCUGUCUUCGCACCAACUAUCAUCAAGACAAUCUAUCCUCACGACAGCGUCAUCUCGCAACAAUUACACACCGUGCCUCCAUACGUCGUCGGUGCAUUCUUCACUCUUUUCAUCCCCUUCAUGAGCUGGCAGUUUGAUCGUCGCAUGAUUUGUUUCAUUAUCUCUGCUCCACUUAUGAUCGUCGGCUAUGCCAUGUUCCUCGGAUCUGAAAAUGCUCAUGUUCGCUACGGAGCUACUUUCCUCGUUGCCUCUGGCGCAUUCUCAUUUGGCGCACUUUGCAAUGCAAAUGCAUCUGCAAAUGUGAUUUCCGACACUGCCCGAUCCGGCGCUAUUGGUACCGUUGUCAUGUUCGGUAACGUCGGAGGCUUGGUUAGUACAUGGAGUUAUCUGGCCUUUGAUGCCCCUAAUUACCAUAUUGGUAAUGGGUUGAAUUUGGCUUGUGCUAGUGCCACUUUCUUGCUGAGUGUUGGUCUGUUGGUGUGGAUGAAGUGGGAUAAUCGAAAGAGGGAGAAGAUUGAUGUGGAUUCUGUGUUAGAGGGCAAGUCGGUUGCGGAGGUGCAGGCUAUGGAUUGGAAGAAUCCGGCUUGGAGAUGGAGGUACUAA